AUGCCGGUUCAUGUAGCGAACAUUAGCUGCGAGUUUUGUGAUGGCCCGCACUACAGUGUGAACUGUACUGUAGGAGGUAUGUUUGCUUCAUCUUCUUCUACUUUUCCAUUUGUUUCUAUUGUGUCUUCUAAUGUUGAGCAGGAUGAGCCAGCUAAGGAAGGACCAGAGCCUGAGGUGGUGGAGAUUGAGAGGAAGAAAGAAGACAGGCAAAAGAGCCCUGUGCGGGUGUAUCAGCCCCCGGUUUCAUAUCCUACGAGGUUGAGGCAGGAUAAGGUGGACAAGCAAUACAGGUUGCAUGAAUCCAAGCCUACUAGGAUGAGCAUUCAGUUAGCUGAUAGGACUGUUAAGAUUCCUAGAGGUGUUGUUGAGCAUGUAGCACUAGCUGAGAAUGAGGAGGAGUUGUCCAACGAGCAAGUGUUGGAGCAACUCGCUAUUUUAUUGGCUUCUGAGCUGAGCUUGUCAACUGAUUCUUAUCUUUUUCUUGACAAGUAUGGAGUGCAGAAGGUAAAGACCUCAUUCGAGGACCCACCGGUCCUAGAAUUGAAAGAGUUACCGAGCCACUUGAUUUAUGCCUUCUUGGGUGAAGAGAAGCGCUUGCCAGUGAUCAUAGCAGCUGAUCUGACCCCCGAAGAACAAGCCAUGCUUUUGGAAGUUAUAAGGAAGUACAAAAAGGCCUUUGCCUUCAAGAUAGCUGACAUCCCAGGCAUAAAUCCAAGUUUUUACUUUCAUAAGAUUUCGUUGGAGGACAGUUUUAGGCCGGUUGUUCAGCCUCAAAGACGACUCAACCCGAACAUGAAAGAAGUGGUGAAGAAGGAGGUAAUUAAACUUCUUGAUACAGGUUUGAUAUAUCCCAUGUCUAACAGUUCGUGGGUGAGUCCUGUGCAGGUUGUGCCCAAGAAAGGAGGCAUGAUGGUGGUAAGGAAUGAGAAGGAUGAGUUGAUCCCGACUCGGAUGGUAACAGGCUUCCGAGUUUGCAUUGAUUACAGGAGGCUUAAUGAUGCAACUCGAAAGGAUCAUUUCCCUCUUCCUUUCAUUGAUAAGAUGAUUGAGCGUUUGGUAGGUCACAUGUUUUAUUGUUAUCUUGAUGGUUUUUCAGGUUACUUCAGAUUCCUAUUACACUUGAGGACCAAGAGAAGACUACUUUCACCUGCCCCAAUUAGAGAAGGUGCUUAA